UGUGAAAUGGAAACAAACUUCAGUGCCCUAUAUUUUCUCCAGCCGACGCUUCAAAAGCCCCCUGUAGGCCAUCAGUUUAGUGUUACGGGGAGGUCUGGGCAAGGGUGUCAAACAGCCGGCCCUCCAGCUGUUGCAAAACUACAAGUCCCAUCAUGCCUCUGCCUUUGGGAGUCAUGCUUGUAACUGUCAAUCUUGCAAUGCCUCAUGGGACUUGUAGUUUGGCAACAGCUGGAGGGCCGCCAGUUUGACACAAGUGCUCUAGGGUGUCUGCUUU